AUGGUGCUAGACAAGUUAACAUUCGCUAAUAAUGCGUAUCGUGACAAGAAAGUUGUUGUAUCAUUCUCUUCUGGGGAACGAGAGAUUAACAUCCAUAAUCUAAACCAUCGGAUGUUACACGAGGCACAUAGCAUGGGUGGUGAGAGACGUCUUCUCAAGAUGCUGAAUCCAAAUAACGAUACCGACUCUGGAUUUUCUCUUAAGCAAGUUGAACAACAAGUGUGGAAAUUAUAUUAUUCCAUAAAAUGGCCACAAUACAAUAAUAUCACAAGCACAAGCGAUGGAGAAACAAACAAGAGAACUCUAAAAGAAUUUGUAUGGGAGAGAGACCAAGUGUUUGUUAAUGCUCCUUCUAAAGCCUCUCUAUGGAAUGCAUUACCUUCUACCAAGGAUUUACGAAUGCAGAUUCAAGAUGGACCGAGCUAG